AUGAUUAUCAACAUUCUAAAGAUCCAGGCGAUGGUCGAUCCGACUCGCUUGCUCGUUGGAUACGAUCGACGCGUGAGCCCGUAUUAUGUCUCUCGCCGCCCCGUCUCCGUAAAUCUCUCGAUUCCAUACCUCCAAUUGACGAAUCUGAUCGAGGAUGAGCAGAGUGCCUCAUGGCUUUACGCAAUCUCAAUGAAAUGGCAAGAUCCUCGACUUAUUUACAAUCCGAUCGACUACGAGAAUGAUACGAUCUAUUUGCCGGCGCAACUCCUCUGGACACCGAGAUUCUCCGUCUACAACAGCAUGGAAACUCGUCGCCUCUUUGAGGGUUUUGAAAACGACGUGGAAAUCGAGCCAAACGGUGUGAUCACACUGCGAAUCAUUCAGUUCACGAAAGCCGUUUGCGAGGUGCAAGUGGAAAGAUUACCCUUUGACACACAAUAUUGCGGUUUGGAGAUCACCUAUCCGUUGCAAGUCGAUAAAUAUUACGCUUUACAUGGGAUCAUUGAUCGUCGAGCCGAUUGCAGAGGGAACAGCGAGUACGAGAUGAUCAACGUCACCAUCCAGAACAAGUUCUACGCUUUAGAGAAUUUCCCCGGUGACAUCAUCUUUAAAGAGGUGACAUUCACAGCUCAACUGAAACGAAAAACUUUCUAUUUCAUCGUUGUCAUCAUCAUUCCAUCGGUUCUCGUUUCAUCAUUCACCGUCACCGGUAUUCUCCUACCAGCCGCGCAUGAGGCUGGAUCGGAUUUGUUCCAAGUGGGUAUGUCAGCCAUGUUAUCUCUCUCAAUCACUCUCUCGGUCGUCGCCGAUACUAUCCCGCGAACGGCGAAAGUGCCAUUAAUAGCGUGUUUUGUCUUGUGCUGCCUGGGCACUGUGGCCGCUGCGGUGGCGCUUGGUUUAGCGCUGAUUCAGUUGAAAAAAAGAAGCAUCAAACGCGGCUGUUUACCGGCGAUUUUCUAUGUCAUGGCCUUCUCACUGCCACCAACGAAAAAAAGCGAGAAAGAUAAUGGAACGAAAGAGUCACUGUCAAUGAGAAAAGUUAUUUCAAGACUCUACAUGAUCUCCUUUACCCUUCUUCAGCUUAUCCUCAUCGCUUCUCUUGUCGUUUUUUUCUCGUACUCAUGGAAAACUCAAGUCCGAGGGAAGCGUCUCUUCACCUCAGAUAUCAUGGCUGAAGUGGGGAACUCAAAUGUCGGAAAUUUGGCUUCA